GAGUUCCUGAAGACAUUUUGUGAAGAUGAAGGCUUCAUCUCCAAGCGGCGCAAAGUAUUGCGCUUGCGGGCUGGGCUUCGUGAAGAUGAUAUCAGACUGGCCUUAAACCCAGUCCCGAAGUUUCGCUUUAUCAUCCUGGAGGGCAAGCGUGCUACGAUUUCUGAAAGGGAGGUUCAGAGCGAUCACAAUUUCGAGCUGAUUCUUGGAUACCUAGCGUCGUUUGCACACGACCUGCCACGACGCAAAGAACUGGAGGAAAAUAACCUGUUGACUCCAGAUGGGAAAAGGGUGGCAAGUCGGGGGCGUGGAAUGAGCGACAAGAAGUCUGAGAAGGUGAAAGAAGGCAACCCUGAUGAAGUGGAUACGCAACCCAUCGGUGAUGCCAUGCCUGUUGCAGAGGCUUUGGAGGAGGACAUGCAGUCUGACUUGGAAGGAAACGCAGAUGAGAAAGUCUCAAAAGCAACCUUCAAGGAUCGACAGCCACUGGCAGAAUUGCCGGACCUUCCCACCGACUUGAUGAAGCAGGUUGACAAGUCACUUGCAGACUCGGCCCAAGAUGAGGCUGAGAUGAAUAGUGAGUUUCUGAAGGGACAGAAAGCACUACGCCAACUGGAGAAGGAAGCGCAGAUGGAAAUUGAAGAUCCUGACAGGCACUUUGCAGAGGAGGAUGAAACGGGCAAGAGAGAUGCUUCUACAGCCGCAGCUGCAUCCAGCAAGCCUGCGGUCGCGAAAGCUACUGGCCAGACUGGAGUGGCUGAGGGUGAUGGUGCUGGGGAAGAACCGGGUGAUGUUGAGAUUGCAUCCACUGGGGAGCCUGAAGGGAAAGAUGAGCAGAAAGACAAAGGUGAAGCAUCGUCCAUGGCCGCAAAGGAUGGAGAGGAAGACCCAGCUGUAAGGCAGAAAGAAGUUGAAUCAGAAGCGAAGAAAGCUAUGGUGACUGUGAACUUGACGAUGCUCCGGCAGUUGGUCAACGACCCACAACUUCGUUAUCCUCCUGAUGACGAACUGUUGGUUCAGAAGUGGCUGGUUGUAUCGCGAUCUAGCAGUGCAUCUUUCUAUGUCAAGGACGUCACAAAGGAUACCAUUCGAGCGGUUCAAGAAGGAACAGGGCUGUCUGACAUUCAGGCCCUUUUCAAUAGGUUGCAUUUGCUGGAUUACGUGGCCCAGAAUGCUGCUGCUGAAGAAUCCUAUCGUGUUUGGACCUUGGAUAACAUGCAGAUGGGCUCUCCUUGGACUUCUGGCAGUGUGCAGAGGAUGUUGGUGGAUCACCGAACAACCCCGUUCUUCCUUGAUGCCUUUUAUGGCCUACUUCAGAAUUGCCCUGUGUCCUCGAGAUCCUUUGACCCCGCCUCAGCAGAACCAGCGCUGAGGGCAUGGUUGGAAUCGUUGAAGUGCAAGCUUACUGACAAGGACAAGGCCCGAAUCUUGAAGGCCAAAGAGAACAAGUCCAAGGCCCCAUAUCGAUGGCGCCAUGCUGGCUUUGCACCUGUGAGAGCCGCAAGCCCUAGUGCUGCCACAGUGCACUACUCCGCGGACGAGUUGGAAGCAAUGCUGGAGGAGACCCAUGCAAUCUUCACCCCACCAGAUAGGAAACGUUUCGGUAAGAAAAGGGCAUCAAAUGGCCAGCCGUCUGAGAAAUUGAAAUCCCAGACAGCAGCUGAAGAUCAGACCACAGCCGAGCAAGCACCCCCAGGUGAUGCACCACCUGCUCCUAGCAACAGCACACAGGCAAAUCCCCCAGAGCAAGCUGUUCCUACCCCGUCCCAGGUUGGAAGUGACGCUGACAGCACUGCACCACAGAAGCUGACUGCUGCCAAAUCUUUGGCAGCCCCCAAGGUGAAAAGCAAUCAUGAUGCUGGUGCUGGUACUGCCCACCCACACAUCAAACAAGAACAACCGGAUAGGAGUGCAAAGUCGGAAGCUCUUGCAACAAAAGAACCAACAAGUGCAGUCAGGGAGCGACAUGUUGCCACUGCUGCCGCUCAGAACUUAAGGAGGCCAAGCCCCCACCAGCAAUUGGGAACACCCGUUGCCGAACGUGCGUCGUCAUCCAACCAACAGGCACCCACUCCAACCCCAUCCGACCCACCACAACCCAAUGGACCCGAACACAAUCCUCCACCAACCGUGCUCCCACAGGACAACCCACCAUCCCAGACACCACAGCACAACCCACCAUCCGAGCCACCACAGGCCAAUCCGCCACCAUCACAGACCAGUCCACCUGCCAAUCCACCAGCCAAUCCACCAGUGGUCAACCCACCCGAGCCCAAUCAAGCGCAACUCGCAACCACUCAGCAACCUCAUCAAUCACAACAGAUGACACCUAGUGGGACAACACAGAGCCGGAGGCGACGACAAAGGACGCUACAGGAGAAAGCGAAUCAUGCACGCUUUAUGCGCUUCACCCGACACAUCAAAAGUAGUGGCAAGCUACAGGUACUGAUGGAGGAAUGGAUGGCAACAGCCGGGGACUGGCGAGAAUCCAAGCUGUACCAACGUAUGACAGCCAAGAAGACUGAAAGAAAACACGGAGCACGGGUGUGGUUAACCCGUGCACAGCUCUUGAUGAAGUAUGGAAGUCAAGAAAUCGUAGAAGAAAUAGUGACCGCAAAACUGUCAGACCCGGAGUUGAAAGAAUCCCAUACGAAGCCACACCCAGACGCGCCUCAGAGUGAGGUGCUUCGCCUUUUCUUGGUCUGGGAUUCCGAGGGCAUUGCUGAGUCUGAGGACAAAAUAUUGGAAGAAAUCUUCGAAUCGGUGGAUGCUGAUGAUGGUGACAAUGACACCGACGAUGACUCAGGUUCCUCGGGUGAUGAUAGGGAGAAGGGCAAGCGUGAGAAGGAAGAGUUGAAAGAGAAGGAAAAAGCUGAAAAGGAAAUUUUGACCAAAGGGAAGAAGGCUCCCAUGAUCAAUCUUUGUAGGCCUGCGAUGCUGCGUCAAGCGAUUGAGGGGGAGCUUGCCCAGUUCCGGCACAAGCUGGUCAGGUUACGUGACAGGUUGCAAAGGCAGGUGGACAAUCAAGACGUGACGAACUUGGAAACUUUGAUCGCUGAUGCUGAAGCUCUUGAGUCGCAGUUCAAAGACUUUUUGUCCAGGGCAAGUUUGAAGUGUUCUGAUGAUGAAGCAAUGUCUGGAAUGCUGGCAAACUCCAUCGAUGAGAUCAGUGGUGGUGGCUCUACUGUUGGAAAAGAGAUGCGGUCGCUGAAGGCCCACGUCGCUGAUUCCAAAAAUCGUAUCACCCACCAUAUGACCAAUCGGCUGGGCUCGGUGUGUGGAAAGAAUGCAGCCCGGGAUUGGUGGAGAUGCAUGAAGGAUGGACCAGCAAUCGAAACUGUCCAGGUCCCCAUCAAGUACACUGAUGUGGAUGAUGGUAUUGAAAAAUUCAAGAUGGAGGACUGGCCCUUUAUUGAUCCCCAUUCCAUUGCUGACUUCCUCUUUGAGCGCGCGGGUUUGAGAAUUCCAUCUGUAAACCUGCAAGAAUACUGGCAGCACCAUGCUCGCUUCGGCGAGCCCUGGGCAGUUGAUGUUCCAUUCGACUGCUUGCCGCUUGGUUCCUGGUGGCAGUGGUACCAGAACACAAGACUUGGCAUCAUUUCACAAUUCAAGUUCUCCUUAGGUAUGAAGCUGGCCAGGGCCUACAAGCGGUUCAAAGAGUGGAGAUUCAUGGCACGGUUCCUGGGCAAGUGUGAGCGUGCUGGACGAUAUCUGACGGAGGAAGAAUCCCGAUCAAUCUUUGAAGAUGGAUAUCAGUUCCUGAAGAUCUACAAGAGUCUAACAUGUUCAAUCGAUAUGUUGCUGAAAGAUUGGCCCGAAAGC